AUGCUUUGUGUCCAAAAGGAGCAGCAGUUCAGACUCUGUCUGCUCCUGACGAGCCUCAGCGCACUAAGAGACAGGCCAUCUCUGCAGAGCCGUCAGCGCUGGACCCUUCCCAGCUCACGGACGUCACCCUCACCAGCUACAGCAAGACCAGAGAGUGAGUGCAGGACCCAGCACAGCAGGGGUCAGCGGCUAACAUCAGCUGCCACCUGUACCAAGACAUCGCUUGAAAACUGGCUUGACAUCACUGAACAGGUGGUCGUCGUAUCGGGCAACCUGAAGUCAGUGUUUGCUCUCAGUCCGUCUGUCCUUCUCUGUGUGUCUGUAGCUCUGACUGACAUCAAGCUCUGGGCCAUCGACCGACAGGGUUUCCAGACCAUCAUGAUGAGGUCCGGACUCAUCAAACAUUCCCAGUACACAGACUUCCUCCGCAGCGUUCCCUCCUUUCAGAGGCUGCCCGAGGAUGUUCUCAGCAAACUGGCUGAUGUCUUGGAGGAGACUCAUUACAGUGGUGGUGAUUACAUUAUCCGUCAGGGAGCCACCGGAGACACAUUCUUCAUCAUCAGUGAAGGACAGGUGAACGUCUCACAGCAGAACCCAGGCAACGACGAGCUGAUGACUGUGAAGACUCUUUCUGAAGGGGACUGGUUUGGAGAGCAGGCGUUGGAAGGUAAGGACGUCUGCACAGCCAGCGUCACAGCUGUGGGAGACGUCACAUGUCUGGUCAUCGACAGAGAGCUGCAGGCAGACGCAGACUUCUUGUCCACUGUCUCACUUGAUGAUUUCAGUGUCAUCUGCACUCUGGGGACAGGAGGCUUCAGCCGCGUGGAGCUGGUGCAACUGAAGGAUGACCCUGAUCGAUCGUUUGCCCUGAAAGUGUUAAAGAAACGUCACAUUGUGGACACCAGCCAGCAGGGCCACGUCCUGUCAGAGCGCCGCAUCAUGAUGCAGGCUCACAGUCCUUUCAUCAUCAGGUUGUAUCGGACUUUCAGGGACUCCAAGUACCUCUACAUGCUUCUGGAGGCUUGUCUUGGAGGAGAACUGUGGACACAGCUGAGAGACAGGGGUUCGUUUGAUGAUGGCACCACUCGCUUUUACACGGGCUGUGUCAUGGAGGCGCUGGUUUACCUGCACUCCAGAGGAAUCAUCUACAGAGAUCUGAAACCUGAGAACAUCAUACUGGACCACCGAGGCUACGCCAAGCUGGUGGACUUUGGCUUCGCUAAGAAGGUGGGUCUGGGUAAGAAGACGUGGACAUUUUGUGGGACUCCUGAGUACGUUGCCCCUGAGAUCAUCUUGAAUAAAGGCCACGACAGCUCGGCUGACUGCUGGUCACUGGGAGUGCUGGUCUUUGAGCUGCUCAGUGGGAGGCCUCCAUUUUCAGGCUCCGAUCCCAUGAAGACCUAUAACAUCAUCCUGAGAGGCAUCAACAUGAUCGAGUUUCCCAAGAAGAUCACCAAGAGCGCUGCCAACCUCAUCAAGCGACUCUGCAGGGACAGUCCUUCAGAGAGGCUGGGAAAUCAGAAAAACGGAGUGAAGGACAUCCAGAAACACAAGUGGUUUGAGGGUUUCAACUGGGACGGCCUCCGCCAGGGAACCGUGGUCGCUCCGUUCACACCGACAGUGGGCGGGCCGCUGGACAGCAGCAAUGUUGACUAUUUCCCUGAGGACACUGAAGACCUUCCUCCUGAUGAAGAGUCCGGUUGGGAUCUGGAGUUUUAACAGGGUGUGACAACAGCUGAUGAAGAAACCUGGGAACAGGAUUCAGCCACAUGAGACAGA